UUUGGACACAUGGAAUGCCUGGCAAAGGUUGUCUAGCGCAGGUACCUCAUAAUUCCUCCUCUCCCACCCCAGCUAAUGCUUUUCAAAGCUGUUUCCUAUAGUGAAUAAACAACUAUGAUGGUCAAAUGUCUUCCAGAUAAGUAGUUUUUCAUUUUUCCAUUUUCAUCAAAAGGGAUAGGUACUUGUGGAGGAGAAUUAAAAAUAGUCUCUAGUCCAAGUGAAGGCUUCUCCUUCACAGUACUGUAACUAUUACUAAUGGUGAACAGGACUAGCACAGGUCUGCAAUGACAGUAUCCUGUGAAGUGUGAUGAACUUGUCAAGAUUUGGAGCAGAAGAUGCAUACCCAAAGAAGGUUAACAGACUAAUGACUCAAACUUGAAAAAAAUGAACAAAUAGCAUUUCCACAGUAAAUUCCCUCGGUGCUUUUCAACAUUUGCAUCAACAAUAUUUGUCUUCCCUACCCAGCUUACACAUACUUCUACAAGGGCUCCAAGUACUGGAGGUUUGAUAACCAGAAGAUGAAGGAUGACCCAGACUACCCCAGAUCCAUCCUUAAAGACUUUAUGGGCUGUGAUGGAGCCCCAGGCGUGGACCCAGAUACAGAUGACACAGUUACAGGCCGCAAGUGGCCAACAGUGGACCGGCCAAAACCACAACCACCAGUUGGCUCAGUCCCGGAUGAGGUGGACAGAGAGACCAAUUAGGAUUACACCAACGAUGUGGAUUAUGAACCUGAUGCGAAGGACAAAGGGGUGGAUGUGGUGGUGAGGAUGGCUGAGAACGAGGCCAAGGUUAUGACCCUGAUCAUAGUGACCGUGCCCCUGGUCCUGGUGCUGUUCAUCCUACUAUUGAUCUAUGCUAUUAUCAACACCCUGCAGAAGAAAGAGGCGCGCAGACUUUUGGUAAACUGCAAAUGAUCCCUGCAGGAGUGGGUUUGAUCUGCUCCAGAAAUGGAUUCACACACACGCAAACACAUACACAAACCAUACAUAGGCACAUUCCAUUUGAACACAUAUAUACACACAAGCAUUACAUAAAAUACAAGCACACAGUUUCCCUAUCUUUCCUUCAUGGUGCUUUAACCGAUCUUGAUUUAAGCCUGUUUAUAACAGAUAAUAUGCACUUUUAACGUCCCGUGUUUAGAUUUUUGUUAGUUGCGGUUGUAGUUUAGCUACAGAUUUCCGUGAAUGUCCUUAUAAAACAGAGUGGUGGUGCGUGAAUGUCUAACAGUUGUGUGUGCUGUAAACACAAGACCACCGUCUCCCACUGUGUCUUUCUUCUAGGGGGGGUAGUACCCUAGCAGUGCUAUAGCCUAUGCAGACGAGUAGGCCUAGGCCAUCUCCAUUGGAAGACCAUAAAAAAUUGAGACGUUCUGCAAUUGACUGGUGCAAUUAGGUUGCUGAUAGGCUGGGAAAGAUGGGGUGACUUCAUUUCUGUGCUUGGCCAAUGAGGUUACUCGAUGGAAGUUGGGGCGCUCCGAGGGAAAUUAAAGUGUGUGACUGGGAGUAGGCUUAUUGCUCAGAUACAAAUAAACAGGUGUUUUACAUUCAGGUAAUCACCUAGGUCUAUGGUAAUUACAGCUCCAGGACUUUCGAUCUGUUGAGUAUAUAAGGCUCCGUUUUUUUUUGUAUUCUUCAGACAGGGCUAUGUUACUAUGACCUUCCAGUAAUUCAAGUCAGUACAAAAAUAAAUAUAUAUUUUGGAAACAGAUUGCAAAUAACCAAUGGCGCUCAAAUUCAACUUGAAGGUGUGUAGAUACUGUUAUGCUUGUAUUGAAACGAAAGGACACGUUUAGAAACUACACUGUAGAAAAUUAAUUAAACCUGUUAAAUGUCAUGUAGGUUAAUUGCUGUGGAAUUUACCAGGUAUUUGUGGUCCUCGUCAUUUUCUGCUGUGACUGUGUCCUUGGUGAGAAACACAUUUGUCUGAUUUCUAUAGCUUGCGAGUAUUUACUUGAUCAUUUCAUGAGUGGCCUCCAUUGAUGUCAUGUUUUCUCUCAGGAAUAUGCACUGUCACACACUGCACUGACACAACCAAGUGUUUGCUAUCCCUCGACAAAAGCAACUGCAAAUGUGCUGUUGGCUACUAUGGAGACCUGUGUGACAAAGGUUUAAACAUUUUGGUAGACCAGAAUAACUACAAUAGUUCUAUUGGAAUUUGUUCUAAAACUGUUUUAAUUUAUUUUAGUUGCUACCAUCAAUGUCAUGUGUGGCAAAGACUACAUUACUAUCAUGGUGAAUGAGGACUUUUUCCAGUACUACAAAGUACCUAUGGAAUCUCUGCACUUGAAGAAUGAGUCUUGUCGUGCCCAAAAGGAGGUUAUGUCUAACGUCCCAUACUACAUUGUGCGGAUAUCAAAGGAUCAGUACAUUUCCUGUGGUGGUAAACCACUGGAGAAAAACAUCACUCACAUUGCAUACGCCUUAACUCUCAUGUCGGCCCCUCAAGUCUAUGGAAAUAUAAUAAGAGACCCAAUGAUAAAAAUUGAGUACACGUGUAUCUACCCAUACAUCCGCACUGUCAGUUUGCCGUACCCCAUCAUCCCCUUCUCUAGUGAGACUGUGAUGCGGAUGGGUGAGUUGGAUGCCAAGGUGGAGAUGGCCCUCUUCACAGAUCACACCUACACAGAGGCGUUCCAAAGCUCACCGCUGAUCCACCUCCGGGACAGGGUGUAUGUGGAGAUCAAGGUCGUGGAGCUGGAGGACGUCUUCCACUUGAGGGUGAAUGAAUGCUGGGCCACACAGUCCCCCAAACCCAACCAGUCAGACGGCUCCGUUCACACCCUGCUGCGCAAUGGGUGUGUGAAUGACGAAACUGUCACCUUUCUCAAUACGACAAUGGGCGCCAAUGGAGAGGCCUCAACCAUCCGGUACAGCUUUGACAUGUUCCGCUUUGUUGUGGAGCCUCAUGACCUGUACCUGCACUGCACAGUGCGCUUGUGCUCCCUGGAUGAUGACGAACCCUGCAUUCCUGAGUGCAAAUCUAUAACCAAGAGGGCUGCAGUGCGUGGAGACCCAACUCAAGGUCUACUGUCAUAUGGACCAAUCAGGAUUGACAUACCAGACCGACCCCAAUCUAAUCUGCUGCUGCUGAUGAUUCCUGUGGCUGGCAUCUGGGUCCUGGGCCUCUUCCUCCUCGCCCUAAUCACCAUCGCUAAGGCAGGAAACCGACGACUGUCACAGCUAGCAAACCGCUGAAAUCCAACUUGAAUAAAAAUAAUAAUUUCUAUGACAAUUAAAUGAGUCCCUCUCUGCAGAAAUGUUGUGCCUUUGACAUUUUAUAAACAUGACUUACCACAGAGCUCUGAGCAUUCAGCCCUGUAGUUCAAUGUGGCUGUGGGUUACAAACAAGUUCAAACAUGAGUUACUGGUUUAAAUCAUGACUGGGCUCAUCAAACACCAACUCCUAUUAUAGUGUAGUGAUUCUUAGCUGUCAGCAGAUGGCAGUAGGAGCCAACUGGGUGGUCGGUCUAUAAUUCAUCCCCAGGGGGAGGGGAGUUUAUUUUCAAGAAAUUGCUUUGUCUAAUAGACUUCUUCCCACAGUAUGUAGGCUACAUUAACUUUCCUCCCGAUUUCUCUAGCAGAGUCACUGCUCUGUUUGUCUUCUCAGAAGGCAGUGAGUUUAUUGGACUCAAUGUAAUCCAGGAUCGCCUGCAAGAGGAAUGCGGUGGUUUAACUCAAAGAAGAAAUGCUGUUCUUACCUUUAGCUCAUGUGGGCCAUUAAGAACUGGGCAUGAAUGGAAAACUGACUCACGCCUUAAAUAACCCAUGAUCACAUAUAUUGGGAUAAUUUCUACCAGUUCUAACCCGAACUGUUUCGCAAACGAUCCGAUUUCAGCGCGCCACGACCCAAUGCCCAGUGGUUGAACUGCG